AUGACCACACCGCAGUAUAAACCACCAAAGGAAAUCCAAGACUUACUCGAUAAAAAGGAACAGCAACAGGCUUAUCAACGCAGGCGAACGGCUGUUCUGCCCAAGCGCUCGUGGAUCCAACGAAAUCCACGCCUCUUCCAGAUCUCCUUCCUUACCGGCUCAUUGCUGAUCUUCUUCUCUAAGCCACUGUACGACUGCUUUAUCGCCGAUCAGUUGCCGCCGCUGGAGACCAAGGUGCCGCCGCAUAAGCGCUAA